GCUUAAUUAUGGAGUUCACUCGCACUGGGCCAAAUUAAGUCAUAUUUUUUAGACCAUAAACUUACGUUUACUACUUUUAACAAAAGGCAAUUCUUUUUAUUAUAUUCAAAUGAGUGAAUGAUAAUAAUAAAAACGAUUUUCAACAUGUAUUUUUGUAUGGUUAUACAUAUACUACUUUUAAGUCAUGGAUUCAGUUCUGUUCUAUCAAGUCAUAUCAUCAACACUUCUACAACAGUACACGUCUCAACAGAAUCCAAACAUGAUCACAAAAACCUACCUCACAGCGCGUUGACACCGCACUUCAAUCCCCCACCCACAGCCACUCACGUAGACCCCAGCACAACAUUUCACCAUCAUAGUUCUGACAACAGCGAAGCAGUAAAACAACCAACAACUCAUCAUCACCAUGCGAGGAAUGAUCAAAUACAACACACAAGCAGCGCAUCACCAGCCAACACUGAAGUUACAACGGACGCUUAUAACGCUGAAACUGCCAAUGGCACUCACGUCGCCAACGCAAUCUCAGAUGCAAAGGUUGAUACGAAGGAUAUUGGCGAUGCAGGAGAUCGUAAGAAUUGCAUUUCACAUUACAUUAAUGGUCUUCCAGAACGGUAUAUGGCUAAGGACAUUUACACAAUUUGCAAUUUGUGGCCCGACCCUCAUACGGACAUUCGGCUACCAACAGACGUAAUACCGGAGCGGUACCACGUGGACAUGUUUCCUCAUAUAUACAACGAAUCUGAUUUUACUUUUGAUUGUAAUACCACGAUUCUUAUUUACUGCAAUGAAGACACUGAUAUAAUUCAUCUUCAUUCGAUGGAGCAUGGCAUCAAUUUUGUAGAAAUAAACAUUCUUGGCGAGGAUGUCUGGACUCAUAAAUAUGAGAAGGAUAUCUUAGAACAUACAAACAAUCCCGGUAAAGGCUUAGAAGACGCUGACAACCUCGUUAAAAGAAGUCUUACAGAUGAUGAGCAAAAAGAACAGACAACUCCACAUGAAUACACGCAAGCUCCACAUGACGAGGAAACUGAUGAGUUGAAGGUUGAGAACUGUGGUGUAUCCCUAAAUGUUGAAAUGCUCCAUAUCAAACUGAACAAACCUCUGAAGAAAGGAGCACGAUACAAGCUUACAAUCAACAGUAAAAGCAAGAUAAGUAAUGGUGUCAUGGGCUUUUAUGCUUCGCCAUACAUGGAAAAAGAAACCUGCAAAGAAAAGUUUGUAUUUACCUCAUUGAUGGAACCGACGCAUGCGCGCUACGUGUUUCCAUGCUUCGAUGAACCUGACUUCAAAGCUGUAUUUACUAUGACUAUAAAACGUCUCGGCCAUGUGACAAGUGUUAUGAACCUACCACUGAGAAAAACUAUUGGGCCGGAUGUGGAUGGGUUCUUCAUUGACGUGUUUGAUCAGCCACAAGAUGUCAAAAUGUCUUCUUACUUGGUUGCGCUCGGUAUUGCAGAACUAGAAUACAUUGAAGCGUAUUACAAAGACAUAAGGAGUCGGGUUUGGACCAGAAAGGACAUUCUUAACCACACAACAUAUUUAUUGGACACGUCUGUUCAGUUCCUCGAGUUUUUUGAGGACUUCUUUCAAAUUCCUUACCCUUUGCCAAAGUUGGACGCAAUUACCGUACCUGACAUGAGUUUUUCCGGCAUGGAGCACUGGGGACUUAUCACGUAUAAAGAGUCUGCUGUUGUUUAUGACCCGCCCUCCAGCGAGCAAAUUGUCUGGCAGACGUCGCUUAUUUCUCAUGAAAUUGCACAUCAGUGGUUUGGCAACCUAGUUUCUCCGUACUGGUGGGACGACCUUUGGCUCAACGAAGGGUUCGCAACAUACAUGAUGUACAUGGCUACUGAAGCAGUGAUGCCGGAUCUAGAUAUGAAAAAUCGCGUGGCUAUUGACUAUCGCGGAAUCCAGAAUGUGUUGAGAACAGACCAGAAGACCACCUCCCAUCCUGUAUACAUGCCCGUGUAUCACCCGCAAGAGAUUCAGGAUAUAUUUGAUCUCAUAUCAUAUGCAAAGGGCGGUGCUGUCAUUCGCAUGAUGAACUUUUUCCUCGGAGACUACACAUUCAAACAUGGCCUUCGGAGGUAUCUGAUUAGACACAGUAGCGACACGGCAACGCAUAAUGACCUCUUUGCAGCCCUAUCAGAACAAGCAGUAGAUGACGGUUUAGACGUCACUGAUGUCAAGUCAGUGAUGGACACGUGGAUUCUGGAACAGAACUAUCCUGUUGUUACUAUUGAGAUAACGGAUAGUUCUGUCUGCUUUAAUCAAACUGCUUUCCUUGAAACAGAAGAAGGGAGAAUGAACAGAUCUCACAUAACGUGGAAAAUACCGGUCACCUGUACCUCAAGCGAACAUACUGAUUUUGAUCAGAAGCCAGCUGAUAUCAUUUGGUUAAAUGAGAAACGUGAAUGCGUGGAAGACUCUAAGUGGUCAUCAGCAGAUUGGGUAGUAUGUAACCUUAAACAGAUCGGAUUUUUUCGGGUAAAUUACGCGAACGAAAACUGGCGACACAUUAUUGGUCAGCUGAAGAAGGACCCACUUGCUUUUCACACCAUUAAUAGAGCACAGAUUAUUAACGACGCGUGGGAACUGCAGAGAGCUGGUCUUCUGGAUAUUGAAAUUGCAUUGCAAACAUUUGAGUAUCUGGAUUUAGAGACAGAAUUUGCGCCAUGGUGGGCAGCUAUUAGAGAGCUUAACACCCUUAGUGAUUACCUCAAACUCACGCCCAAAUACGGGUUGUUCCAGAAUUUCAUAAAAAAGAAGAUGAAGGCAAUGUACUUUAAAUCUGGAUCAAAGUCGAGUAUAAAGGAAAAGUUGUUACACAGCUUGAUUUCAAAACAUGCGUGCAAAUAUGAACUAGAGGCGUGUGUCGAUGAUGCACUCGAUCUGUACAAGGAAUGGAUAGCAGACGACAAUAUCAGACUAGAUCCUGACAUGGUAGAAACCGUUUUCUGCACUGCUGCUCGGAAUUUAGAUGACAAACGAUACAAUGCCCCUAAAAAGUUGCUACGGAAUCCGGGCCUUUUGAAGGAUUAUAGGAAGUCUUUGGCUUGUGUAGAUAAACCAUGGCAAGUUAUACGGGUACUGGAAAACGUUCUCGAUAUUCCUGAAUUGUACGAACUAGGAUCUUCACUGACUAGCUCUGCAACAGGCCGGUGGCUUACUUGGAUAUACUUCAUGGACUUUUGGAAAAGGGACAGCCACAAAGCGUCUGGGAUGCUUGAAGAAGUCACUGAAAAAAUGAGCACAGCAUGGGAGCUUAAUCAGUUGCGACAGUUCAUGGCAGUGGCAGAGAUGACGAAGGGUGAUACAGGGGCCUUUGAGGCUGCAGAGCGGGUGGUGUCUGCCAGGGUCGAGUAUAUUGAAACACACAGGACAGCCAUAUAUACCUGGUUACAGGGUAUUACUGAGGUGCAAGAUUAAACUGACAUUUUCACUAGCAUUUGACCACUGCAUUGAAACAGCAAUUGGUCCGCCAUGCUUCUGUUGAAAGGGAGAUCUGAAGGGUUUAAAGGGUCACUUUCGUUACGAAUGAAAGGGGCAGUUGAGUUCAGGCUCAGAUUUGAGUGUCACAUUCCUUAAGUACACGAGGCUGAGGGAAAGGAUGAUUACCUCUGGUCUAAAAUCUAAAAUAAAAAUGUCCCAUUUGCAUGACCGUACUGUAUAUAUCUUAUUGCAAAGGAUGUUGUUGUUUUUUAAUCCAAACACAACCAAUAAAAUAUAGUUUAUCUUA